GACUCACACCCUGCUCGAUACGAGAAGCAGAAAGCGUGUCUUUUGACAGGAUCUUAUCAGGAGGCUUUUCACCAUCGUUGUUGUCACUGCUGCAGGCUUCAGGGCAGGACGGGCCAUGCUGCUGCUUCCAAAGCUGGCGGGCCUGGCGCUGAUUGUGCUCAUAAAUGGCAAUCCUUGUCCCCUUACUCUUCAGCCUCCUGAAGUGGUGGUUGAAUAUGGAGCUUCAGCCUCAGCAAACUGUUCCACUUCUGUUGACCACGUGGGAAUGGGCUGGGAGGCCUCUCAGGGACCAGUGGACAUGAAGGAUGAUGUCCAGUUAAUCACCUGGAGUGUGGACACGCUUGUGGAGUGGGGCAUAAAACCAUUUUGCUUCAUGAAUUCUAAUCCAGAAAAGCAGUGCAAAGUUGAUCUCGCAGUUACUAUUUACAAGACUCCAGACAGGGUGUCCAUCAGCACUGUGGAUCACACUGGGCCAAUGAUUGAGGGUGGACAGUAUGAGCUCCAGUGUGACAUUCAGAAUGUUGCUCCUGUUGAGUUCCUCACUGUGAGCUGGUUCAAAGGAGACACUCUAGUGAAAAACGUAACCUUUACUGACCUCAUUAAGACUCCAGUGAAUCGGUCAGAUACACUCCAGAUCUUCCCGAGCAGAGAUGAUGAUGUUGCUCAGUACAGGUGUGAAGCAGAACUGGAUCUGGGACCAGAAGGACCUCAACCUCCUCCUACAGUCACAUCAGAUCCCCUCACAAUUACUGUUCAUGAUCCUUGUCCCCUUACUCUUCAGCCUCCUGAAGUGGUGGCUGAAUAUGGAGCUUCAGCCUCAGCAAACUGUUCCACCUCUGUUGACCACAUGGGAAUAGGCUGGGAGGCCUCUCAGGGACCAGUGGACAUGAAGGAUGAUGUCCAGUUAAUCACCUGGAGUGUGGACACGCUUGUGGAGUGGGGCAUAAAACCAUUUUGCUUCAUGAAUCCUAAUCCAGAAAAGCAGUGCAAAGUUGAUCUCCACGUCACUAUUUACAAGACUCCAGACAGGGUGUCCAUCAGCACUGUGGGUCACACUGGGCCAAUGAUUGAGGGUGGACAGUAUGAGCUCCAGUGUGACAUUGAGAAUGUUGCUCCUGUUGAGUUCCUCACUGUGAGCUGGUUCAAAGGAGACACUCUAGUGAAAAACGUAACCUUUACUGACCUCAUUAAGACUCCAGUGAAUCUGUCAGAUACACUCCAGAUUUCCCCCAGCAGAGAUGAUGAUGGAGCUCAGUACAGGUGUGAAGCAGAACUGGAUCUGGGACCUGAAGGACCUCAACCUCCUCCUACAGUGACAUCAGAUCCCUUCACAAUUACUGUUUAUGAUCCUUGUCCCCUUACUCUUCAGCCUCCUGAAGUGGUGGCUGAAUAUGGAGGUUCAGCCUCAGCAAACUGUUCCACUUCUGUCGACCAUGUGGGAAUAGGCUGGGAGGCCUCUCAGGGACCAGUGGACAUGAAGGAUGAUGUCCAGUUAGUCACCUGGAGUGUGGACAGGCUUGUGGAGUGGGGCAUAAAACCAUUUUGCUUCAUAAAUCCUAAUCCAGAAAAGCAGUGCAAAGUUGAUCUCCAUGUUACUAUUUACAAGACUCCAGACAGGGUGUCCAUCAGCACUGUGGGUCACACUGGGCCGAUGAUUGAGGCUGGACAGUAUGAGCUCCAGUGUGACAUUGAGAAUGUUGCUCCUGUUGAGUUCCACACUGUGAGCUGGUUCAAAGGAGACACUCUAGUGAAAAACGUAACCUUUACUGACCCCAUCAAGACUCCAGUGAAUCGGUCAUCUAUACUCCAGAUCUCCCCCAGCAGAGAUGAUGAUGGAGUUCAGUACAGGUGUGAAGCAGAACUGAAUCUGGGACCUGAAGGACCUCAACCUCCUCCUACAGUGACAUCAGAUCCCCUCACCAUUACAGUACACUUGACGAGGUCAAGGAGAUUAUAUCUGAAAGAUUUUAGGAGAAUCACUUCCCUUCAUUCAGCAUCAUUCACCAUCGUUGUCAUUGCUGCAGGCUUCAGGGCAGGACCGGCCAUGCUGCUGCUUGCAAAGCUGGCGGGCCUUGCGCUCAUCAUGCUCAUAAACGGCGGUGGAGCUUGCCCUCCUGACCUCAAUGACCUUGAGCUGGAACCUCCAAGCAUAGUGGUAGAAUAUGGAGAUCGUGUCUCAGUGAACUGCAGCUCGUCCUCGAACUUCACAGAGCUGAGCUGGAAGGGUCUGCCAGAACACGUGUCCUCGAACGAUAUUGCGACCGUCACCUGGGAGACGGACAGCUUGACUGACUGGGACAUACAGCCUGAGUGCCACAUGAACUUGAGUAAUGUACAAUGCAACAGAGCACUUCCCCUUAUCAUAUACAAGACUCCAGACAGGGUGUCCAUCAGCAUUGUGGGUCACACUGGGCCGAUGAUUGAGGGUGAACAGUAUGAGCUCCAGUGUGACAUUCAGAAUGUUGCUCCUGUUGAGUUCCUCACUGUGAGCUGGUACAAAGGAGACACUCUAGUGAAAAAUGUAAACUUCACUGACUCCAUCAAGACUCCAGUGAAUCUGUCAGAUACAUUCCAGAUCUCCCCCAGCAGAGAUGAUGAUGGAGCUCAGUACAGGUGUGAAGCAGAACUGGAUCUGGGACCAGAUGGACCUCAACCUCCUCCUCGAGUCAUAUCAGGUCCCCUCAACAUUACCGUGCAUGAUCCUUGUCCCCUUACUCUUCACCCUCCUAAAGUGGUGGUUGAAUAUGGAGGUUCAGCCUCAGCAAACUGUUCCACUUCUGUUGACCAUGUGGGAAUGGGCUGGGAGGCCUCUCAGGGACCAGUGGACAUGAAGGAUGAUGUCCAGUUAGUCACCUGGAAUGUGGACAGGCUUGUGGAGUGGGGCAUAAAACCAUUUUGCUUCAUGAAUCCUAAUCCAGAAAAGCAGUGCAAAGUUGAUCUCGCAGUUACUAUUUACAAGACUCCAGACAGGGUGUCCAUCAGCGCUGUGGGUCACACUGGGCCGAUGAUUGAGGGUGGACAGUAUGAGCUCCAGUGUGACAUUGAGAAUGUUGCUCCUGUUGAGUUCCUCACUGUGAGCUGGUUUAAAGGAGACACUCUAGUGAAAAAUGUAAACUUCACUGACUCCAUCAAGACUCCAGUGAAUCGGUCAUCUACACUCCAGAUCUCCCCCAGCAGAGAUUAUAAUGGUGCUCAGUACAGGUGUGUAGCAGAACUGGAUCUGGGACCUGAAGGACCUCAACCUCCUCCUAAAGUGACAUCAGAUCCCUUCAACAUUACAGUACACUACAUGCCUGUAAUACAUUGUUCAGAUUGGAACCCCUUGAUAAACACCCCUCUGAGCUCUUAUCCUUAUUCUGUUAUGGGAAACCCACGCCCACUGACCAGUUGGCAUCAAGAAAAUUCAAGAAUUAAAUCUACUAAGCGUCUCAGCAAAGAUGACUCUGGCCAGUAUAAAUACUUAGCCUCCAAUAAGAUCAACACUGCAGUCUGUGUUACCAAUAUCACAGUGGAGUAUGGUCCUGAAUUCAACUGUUCUUCAGUGUAUGAGAGCAGAGAACACACACUCUUCUUAGCAGAUUGCACAGUUAUGGCUUCUCCUGUAGCUAAUGUCUCCUGGUCCAGAGAUGGAAGAAACGUGGAACGUCCACACAACCUCACCAGGAGAGAAAACGGCUUAUACAACAUAACUGCACAGAACAAGCAUGGAACUAAACAUCACCUCUUGACCAUUAAUGUUCUGUAUGGUCCAGAAAUAGAGUCAGGAGAUGAGUCAGUAGAGGUGUAUAAAGGCAGGGAUGUGACUCUGCGCUGCACUGCUGAAGGGAAUCCAGAGCCUAACAUAACAUGGAGCUUCAACAAUCAGUCUAAGACCACUGGAGGGAGACAGACAACACUGACAAUUUCUGGAGCCACGUUUGCUGAUGGUGGGUUGUAUACGUGCACUGCCACAAAUACAAUCGGGAGCCAGACAAGGACAGUGUUAUUGGUGGUACAAGAUGGUCCUGAAUUCAACUGUCCUUCAGUGUAUGAGAGCAGAGAACACACACUCUUCUUAGCAGAUUGCACAGUUAUGGCUUCUCCUGUAGCUAAUGUCUCCUGGUCCAGAGAUGGAAGAAACGUGGAACGUCCACACAACCUCACCAGGAGAGAAAACGGCUUAUACAACAUAACUGCACAGAACAAGCAUGGAACUAAACAUCACCUCUUGACCAUUAAUGUUCUGUAUGGUCCAGAAAUAGAGUCAGGAGAUGAGUCAGUAGAGGUGUAUAAAGGCAGGGAUGUGACUCUGCGCUGCACUGCUGAAGGGAAUCCAGAGCCUAACAUAACAUGGAGCUUCAACAAUCAGUCUAAGACCACUGGAGGGAGACAGACAACACUGACGAUUUCUGGAGCCACGUUUGCUGAUAGUGGGUUGUAUACGUGCACUGCCACAAAUACAAUCGGGAGCCAGACAAGGACAGUGUUAUUGGUGGUACAAGAGAUUCCAGACAGGGUGUCCAUCAGCACUGUGGGUCACACUGGGGCGAUGACUGAGGGUGGAAAGUAUGAUCUCCAGUGUGAGGUUCAGAAAGCUUCUCCUGUUGAGUUCCUCACUGUGAGCUGGCUCAAAGGAGACACUCUCGUGAAAAGUAAAAACUUUACUAACUCCACCAAGACUCCUGAGAAUGUGUUUGAUACACUCCAGAUCUCCCCCAGCAGAGAUGAUGAUGGAGCUCAGUACAGGUGUGAAGCAGAACUGGAUCUGGGACCAGAUAGACCUCAACCUCCUCUUAAAGUGACAUCAGAUCCCCUCACAAUUACAGUAGAGUAUCCUUGUCCCCUUACUCUUCAGCCUCCUAAAGUGAUGGUUGAAUAUGGAGGUUCAGCCUCAGCAAACUGUUCCACUUCUGUUGACCAUGUGGGAAUGGGCUGGGAGGCCUCUCAGGGACCAGUGGACAUGCAGGAUGAUGUCCAGUUAGUCACCUGGAAUGUGGACAGGCUUGUGGAGUGGGGCAUAAAACCAUUUUGCUUCAUGAAUCCUAAUCCAGAAAAGCAGUGCAAAGUUGAUCUCCACGUCACUAUUUACAAGACUCCAGACAGGGUGUCCAUCAGCACUGUGGGUCACACUGGGCCGAUGAUUGAGGGUGGACAGUAUGAGCUCCAGUGUGACAUUGAGAAUGUUGCUCCUGUUGAGUUCCUCACUGUGAGCUGGUUCAAAGGAGACACUCUAGUGGAUAAGGAAAUCUUCAAUAACCCCAUUAAGACUCCAGUGAAUCUGUCAGAUACACUCCAGAUUUCCACCAGCAGAGAUGAUGAUGGAGUUCAGUACAGGUGUGAAGCAGAACUGGAUCUGGGACCUGAAGGACCUCAACCUCCUCCUAGAGUGACAUCAGAGCCCCUCAACAUUACAGUACACUACAAGCCUGUAACACAUUGUUCAGAGUGGUCUCCACUAAUAAACAGCAAACUGAGCUCAUAUCCUUAUGCUGUUAAGGGCAACCCGCUCCCUGUUGUCCACUGGUUUCAAGGACAGUCACAGGUCAAACCCACUAAGCGUCUUAGCCAAAAUGACUCUGGACAGUAUAAUUUCACUGCAAUGAAUAUCAUAGGCAGCACAUCCUGUGUCAUCAAGAUCACAGUAGAGUAUGGUCCUAAGUUUGACUGUCCUCAAAGCUAUGAGGACAGGGAACACACAGUCUUCUUAGAAAUUUGCAAAGUUAUGGCUUCUCCCUUAGCUGAUGUCACCUGGUACAAAGACAGAGAAAAGGUGAAACCCCCACACAAUCUCACAAGGAGAGAUAAUGGCUCAUACAGCAUAACUGCACAGAACAAACACGGAACUGAGCAUCACCAUCUGACUAUUAAUGUUCUAUAUGGUCCAGAAAUAAAGUCAGGAGACGGGUCAGUAGAGGUGUAUGUAGGCAGGGAUGUGACUCUGUCCUGCAUUGCUGAGGGGAUUCCAGAGCCUAAAGUCAAGUGGAGCUUCAACAAUCAGUCUAAGACCACUGGAGGGAGACAGACGACACUGGCGAUUUCUGGAGCCACGUUUGCUGAUGGUGGGUUGUAUACGUGCACUGCCACGAAUAAAAUUGGGAGCCAGACAAGGAGAGUCUUAUUGGUGGUACAAGAUAACAAAUUUCCACUUCCGCUAGCUAUCAUAAUUGCUUUGAGUAUCCUUUUUAUAGUCAUUUGUAUUCUCAUCAUAUUUGCUUGUAUCAAGAGGAAACGAUCUGGGAGAUACGAUGUACAGUGCAAUGAUAAGGCAACUGAAAUGAUGCCACUGAGUAAAAAUACCAAUUGAUAAAUGGUAUCUGGUAUGAGCAAAGCAGAAAAUGGAUACCCCCUGUGAUUAUAAAACAACAGUGUGGAGUUGGACUUGAUCUGCUAGAAAUCUAACAGUGAAGGAUGAAGCUUGUACUCGAUAUUGCAAGGACUGCUCACCACAAGCGUCAAUAAAUAUAUUGUUGGGCUUUGUUUAUGAUAUCAGUUUUAUCUAUACUGGAAUACAAAUAAAUAUUUUUUGAGCUUUGGAAGCGUCUGAAAGGUACUGCCAUAUAGUAUGUAUUCACAGUACUGCCCUGCUUUAAUAUGAGUAGCUGCAAUAGUUUUGUUUAACACAGUACAAUAGAACAAAUGUAUUAAUGUCUGCUAUUUUUACACCAGUAAUCUCUCAAGCUUUAUCUCAUUAGUAGGGCUGGGACCACAUAUCACUUCACUGAUAAUUAUCAGUAAUAGCCAUGAAAGUAGAAAGGAAUUUGGAUAUUCUUAACCAGCACAAAUCAAAUAAAAUGUAUUCCCAACUUACUCUAUUUUCAGAUUAACUAGGACUCUGUUGUUUAUCUGUGUGUGAAAUGUUGUGUUGAGCUGCUAGUGAGCAAAGAAGGGUGAAAGAGGAGGGCUGAGAACCUCCUGCUGUGCAAUUCACACCUCUCCCCAAAGAUGUCUGUGCCGUUAUAAAACGGACAGCAGAACUGCAGCUUUCACAAUGAAAAAGUAACUUUUAAACAAAAUAAAACACUUUUUAAAAUGUUGACUUGCACACUCACUUACAAAGAAGAAAAUCUGAUUCGCUUCUGGUUUUGUAAAUCAUACAAAUUUGCAUCUAAAUAUAUUCCAUCAAAAAUGCAUAGUUCAACUCCUUCCAAACAUUCAGAAAUUACAUUUUAUGACUACUGGGAAAAGGAUUUAUUCAUUGUAAGGUCUUUUUUUACAGAUUUUUACAGAGUUAACACAUUGAAACCUUCACAUCAAGUCUGAUGCACUUUUUUAUUUCCUUUAAUACUGUAACAGCGACCAAGCUAUCAUUUUUCCUUCAGCCAGAGCGACUCAAAAACGCAGAUACUGCAGCCCAUUCCGCUAAAAAAGUCAUAAACAGCAUGAGGAGAUCCACUGAAGCUCUGUAGCAGCGCCCUAAGUGUGUGUGGAGUUUGAAGCAUUGCACCAGCUCAGAACUCCCAGCAUUAAAAGGAGCAAAGAAGCUAUAAAAGUUAAUGUGUAGGUUUAAAAAAAAACAUGGAAGCUUUUUUUUUCUGUAAAACACUCGGCAUGAAAAUGCCUUAAGGCUUUGUCGCCCCCCUCUGGCACAAAUGGUAACUAUCCAACAUAUACUGACUCUGUAACCAAAAUCUACUCAUGGAAUUAAAUAAUAAAAAUAUUCAUAUUUAUUGAUACUCAGGACGUAUUGAAUUUUUAUAAUGCUUAUUGUCCCAGCCCUACUCAUCAGAAUGUAUAAUGCCUUUUAGACCAUGGGUAAGCUGUGUGAUGUUAGUUAUAUUUUAUAUGAUAUUAUUUAAUACAGACUGUCUUUGACUGUA